CAUGGCGCAUUUUUUUUCAGGGUCAGAAUAAGUAGGAUUAUCUUGUUUGCAUUGGAUCAAUCUUCAACAGCAAGAAGGCGAACAAUGAUUCCAAUUGUCGAUUUAACAAGGUAUUCAUUGUCGGUAUCCGAAGGUGAUGCCCCCACACACACCUUGAAAAAACUUGCUGACGAAAUUUGCUCUGCGAUGAAAAACGUUGGAUUUGUGUAUAUCAUAAACCAUGGCAUUCCAGAAGAAAUGGUUACAGAAAUAUUUGCAUUGUCAAAAACAUUUUUCAACAAACCAGUAGAAGUUAAGCGGAAUUUCGCGAGACCUGUCGACGAUUCCAACGGGUGGAUUGACUUAGAGAAGGAAAAGUUAAACCCAGAUAGGCCGUUUUGUGACCUACGAGAAGCCUACAACAUGAGACCAACGAGAAACAGCACUAUGCCAGAAGACAUCUUCCCAGAAUUUACAAAAUCUUUCAAGGAUUUCUUCAUGAUUUGUGAAAACUUAACAUGGCGUUUACUAGAUUUAUUAGCAAUUGGUCUGGAUAUCGACAGAGAUUAUUUGCGCCAGUGUCACCAAAAAAUGGGCAAGGAACAAAAUAAUACCACCUUACGAGCUAAUUACUACCCGCCAAUUAGAGCGACGGAUGUAAAAGAAGGACAGGCUCGGAGUGGGGAACAUUCGGACUAUGGUUCCAUUACUCUACUUUUCCAGGAUGACAUAGGGAGAUUGGAGAUAAAAGCACAAAACGGAGAUUAUAUGCCAGUAAAGCCCAUAGAGGGCGCAAUAGUAAUGAACCUUGGAGACAUGAUGGAAAGAUGGACGGCAGAUAGUCUAAAGGCCACGAAACACCGUGUGCUUUUACCGGUAGACGAAAACGUGCAGAAGAGAAGCAGACAGUCUUUUGCUUUCUUUGUUCAACCGGAUGAUGACGUCAUGAUCACAUGUUUGGAUAAAUCCAAUAGAUAUCCACCAAUAUCUUCCUUGGAUUAUUUGAAACAGAAAUUUGCAACAAUAUACAAAUGAAAAUCUGUGAACAAAUACUUGAUACGGAAGCCAGUUGGAGCCAUGAGAGUACAACAUUUUACCUGGCGACGCUAGAUAAGUUUUUGUCGUUGAGUACACGGAUUUUAGACUCUAUUUUCAUGUUGGGUUCGCCUACAAAGAAAUAAUGUGUUCUCUAGCAAUCUAAUUGAAAUUAGAUCCUUUGAUCCGCUCCUCUACUAUCGUUACUGUGUGUAGUGAUAGUAGAUGAGUGGAUCAAAGGAUCUAAUCUUGAAUAAAUUGUGUUUUCUAGUUGUUAUCCAUCGGACUUUUAUUGGUUCAAAAACGCCUUUCUGCGAAAUCAAGCGCAUGCGCACUUAUAGUAUAAAAAAAGUGGGGGCCGCCAGAAACUUAUUUGGAAUAUUUUCUCCAGCUGGCACCAGUCGGUUUCCGUGCUUUCUGGCUGCCGUCACAUGUAGUUAUCGGGCGACUGACAAAUAAGUUUAUUAAGUUUUCAAUUAUAAUUUAUUGUUAAAGCUUACAUAGAUAUUUAAUGAUACUAGAAAUAAUUAGACUAAGAAACAAAUGUUUCCUUUAGUUUUUAUUAAUUUCUCGUAAGCGUGACAAUAUUGUGUGGGAACUAGAGCAUCCCGUCACGUUUUUCAUUGGUUGUUGUAAUUUACGUGACGUAAAUGAUUGGUCGCGUUUCAUGAUGUCAUUUUACUACGUAUAUAACCAGCGCUUGUAGCAGACAACACGGAUUUGGGUAGAUUUUGGCUGAUUUACGGGUUGUAGGAAGGUGUUUUAUUUUAUUUAAUUAAUUUUCAUUACAUUUAUUUUGGGAAAAGAGUUUUAAUAGAUUGGGAAUAGAGUUGGUCAUGGCAGGCCCGUAGGAAGCAAUUUCACUUGGGGGGGGGGGGGGGGGGGCACACCAUACCAAAGUAAUUUACGAGAAAAAAGUGAUAUCGACAAAACCAUUAGUAAAAAGAUAACUGCAUACAUAUGUCCAAGCAUUGAGGUGAACGUCAUGUACAUAAAUCUAAUUAUGUACAUAGAAUCUAAUUAGUUUCCCUGAAAACCCCUCAACUUUAAUUUUAAGUUUUGUUUGUUUUGGGGUUUUUUUGGAGGGGGGGGUGUUAAGAAUUUUUUAAAAUCUUUUUUGUUUUUGUUUAUAUCUUUAUCAUUUUGUUAUCAAUCAUUUCUGAGUCAUAAGGUAUUUAGUACUCGGUAAACUAAUUACUUUCCAAAAAUCGCCAGUCUGUAUUCACUUUCACUUACGAACUCCAGUCUCAUUUUUAUGAACAUGCAAUAAAAGUAAAUUGUU